AUGCCAACCUUGCAGGCUUCCCAAUCGCUAUACGCCCACAAUCCUGUUUACAAUUCCAUCUGGCCUUCUGUUUAUGCCGUUUGCCUCGGGAGGCCGUAUCAGCCCCCGUUGCCCUGCCAACCCGAGAUGGUGACCCACUGUUUGUCUGUCCCCGGCGAGCAGUCGCUAUCCUUCGCCCGUUCGCCCCACAACCGUAAGCCACUCCACACAGCCGCCUCAGACUCCCUUGCGGCCAGCAUGGUCGGCCGAGAGCCACAUCGCGAUGCGCUGCAAUGGCGGCGAUCCGCGUUCCCAUACAAAAGUGAAGCCGCAUUCAUCUCAAUUCCCAACUUAUUGGCCGACCUUGCGGCAAGUCGACGGGUGGGUUGGCCUCGGAGAGACGAAAGAGGAGGCGGUGUCUCAUGCGCCUCAAUGGCUUUAAUCCGAUUUUAG